UCUUCCCGCUGCCGCCGCCGCUGCUGCUGCUGCGUGUGUGUGCGCGCGCGCAUCACAUUCAUAUGUAUUUCACGCAGAAAUGUCUCCGUGUCACUAAUGAGAUGUAGUUUUAUGUCAUAGAUCGUCAGGGGGGGAGAACAAAGCUGUAUCUUUUCACAUUAGUCGUCUUUUGAUUGACGUGUCACAGGCCGGACUCGAACCCACUCCAUGACAUCAUCUAGAUGUGGUGUCUAAUGUAAACGACGUGAUGCUUAUUGUAAAUUAAAUGAUGUUUAUUGUGAAGGAUGUGCCUUUUGUAAAGGAUAUCGGAGUGACUCAUUCAUCCUUUGAUGCAGAAUUAUCUUUUUACAUUUGGUGGGUUUUCCAUCUACUUGUUUUUAUGCUCAUUACAAAAAAAAGAAACCUGACACACACACACACACACACACACACACACAAACAAAAUAUAACAAAUAAAAAUAGUUUUAGGUGGAAAAGUCAGCGUAUGGUUAAAAUGUAAAUAAGAGCAAAUGAUUUAGCGAAUAAAGGAUGAAAAUCACAUCAGUGAGACAUUAGUGUCUUGAAAAUGCUGUGUCGCUCACCACCAUACAGUUCUAGUGAUUUAUUUAGAAGUUUGAAGGGGAGACUGCAUCUCUCCAGUCAUGCCAGGACCUUGAUUCUUGCUUUCAACUUGAAAAGGUUCACUUAAAAAUAAGUAUCCUUUGUUACGUGUUUGUUUGUUUUUUUGUAACACUUUUGGUGACAUCUGUGAUGUUUUUUUGUAGCUUUAGUUCUUAACUGUUUUCUCUUUCAUGAGAAACAAAUCAUGGGUGUAGAUGAGAAUUCUCUACCUGUUUACAUUUAGGAAUAAAGCAAAAAAGAGAUAUUAAAACAUAAAGUAUCUGCGCUGUAUGUGGUCCUGUUUUUAGGCCAUAGUCUUUUACUUGUGAGCUGUCUUUUUCCUUCCUUCCCAUCCCCACCACGGCAGUUGUUUCUCCCUGCCCGCUCUGUGUCUUUUACUUCCCGCCUCCUGUGUUCCUCUGUCUAGGUCAUCAGGUAGAUCCAGGAGCAUGAGCAGGACUUUGAGCUGCGGGAGCAGAUGUCUGGGUAUAAGCGCAUGCGGCGGCAGCACCAGAAGCAGCUGAUCGCCCUGGAGAACAGGCUAAAGGCCGAGAUGGAUGAGCAUAGGCUCCGACUGCAGAAGGAAUUAGAAACACAUGCGAACAACACUUACAUUGAGCUGGAAAGACUGGCCAAGCGGCACGCUGCUCAAACCGACAAAGAGAUUAAGUCCAUUGCAGCAGAAGAGAGGAGGAUCCAGCAACAGAUUGUUGCUCAGCAAAAGAAAGAGUUGACUACUUUCCUCGAGAACCAGAAGAAGGAGUACCGGCUCUGCCGAGACAAAAUCAAAGACGAGAUGAAUGAGGACCUUUACUCACCCAAGGAGGAGAAGCAGGAGCGUCUGUCCCGGCACAAAGAAACAAUGCAGCGCUCUCAGGCUGAGGAGGAAGCUCAUCUGCUGGCCCAGCAGAGGCUGGUCUACGACCGCAGCUGCAGGGCCCUCAAACGUCGGAGUCUGGUCAGGAAGCAUGAGUUUGAACAAGAGCAACUCAGAGAGGAGCUGAACAAGAAGAGGACCCAAAAAGAGAUGGAGCAUGCCCUGAUGAUCCGGCAGGACGAGUCUACCCAGGAUAUGGAGCGCAGGCAGCUGCACAUGCUGCAGAAGCUGCGCGUGGAACUCAUGCGGCUACAGCAUCAGACAGAGCUUGAGAACCAGGAGGAGUACAACAGCCGGCGGCAGAGAGAACUACACAGGAAACAUAGUCUGGAGAAGCGGCAGCAGCCCAGAAACCUUAAGACACUGGAGAUGCAGAUCAAGAAACAGUUUCAGGACACUUGCAAGGUGCAGAACAAGCAGUACAAAGCUCUGAGGAACCAUCAACUGGAGGUCUCCCCCAAAGGCGACCAUAAGUCCAUCCUAAAAAGCCUGAAAGAGGAGCAGACCCGCAAACUGGCUAUUCUGGCUGAGCAAUACGAGCAGAGCAUCAACGAGAUGAUGGCGUCGCAAGCGAUGCGAUUAGAAGCGGAGCAGGAAGCCGAGUGCCAAGCGCUGAAGCAGCAGCUGAAGCAGGAGAUGGAGCUCCUGGACGCCUACCAGAGAAAAACCCAGUCACAGAUGGAGGCCCAACAUGAGCGAGAGCAGCAGAAACUCGAGCAGAAGGUCUCCAUACGCAGAGCGCACCUUGAACAGAAGAUUGAGGAGGAGUUGGCCGCACUUCAGAAGGAACGCAGUGAAAAGAUCAAGCACUUGUUGGAGCGUCAGGACCGUGAGAGUAACAGUUUUGACACAGAGAGCAGAAGUCUCGGCUUUGGAAGCCUGGGAUCUCUGGACUUCCCCAAAGAAGACAACAGAUGAAAGUGGAAUUAUCUCUAGAGGACAACAUAUCCGUGCCCUUUUCACGUCCACUCGACCGUUUGCCACGUCCGUGGCGACAAAAGCUGGAUAACCUUCUCUCUUUGCUUUUCUUCUAUCUUAGAUAUUGCAUCUUCGAAAUCGAGGUGUUUAACGUGCAAUGAGGACUUCUUUUGUGAAACUUGAAGGGGGAAAGUAAAACAAAAGAAUCAACAACAACAACAACAACAACAACAACAACAAUAUGUCAAUAAAAACCUAGUCAGUGUAACUCCAAACUUAUGUGUUAAAAAUAACAGACUCUUUUUUCCUCCAUGCCAUUUUUCUCUUUUUUGGUAUGAAAUGAAUAAAAUCAGGAAAUUUUAGUAAAAUGGGCACUUUGAUAUGUUUAAGUAGAAAACCCAUCAUGUUCAUAUGAUGCUAAAUGUGUGUGUUACAUGGAGGGACAUUGUGGAAUGUGAGCUGCGGACUUCCCCCGUGGCGUUAAGCUGCUUUGUCUUUUUUUUUUUUUUCAAAUACGUUGAUUUCGUUCUGUUUGGUUUAUUUUAUGCUCUGAAUGUGAAUAUUACUGUAUGGGGGUCACUGGAUAAAGUCAGAGUUUAUUCAUUUUUUUUCUAAAUUUCCUUUCUUCAUAUUUCCAUAUUGUGCUUAUGCAUACAGUAUACUGUGGUCCCUCACUUACUUAUUUUUUUAGGCAACAGAUCUUUUUAAUUAUUAUUAUUAUUAUUAUUAUUAUUAUUUGAUAUGUAGGAUCAAUUGGCAUCGGCUUGAUCAACCCGUUUAUCUUAACACAAUUCAAGAUCCCACUUGGUAAAAACUGCUUAUUAUUGCAUGCACUUUAAGGACAAAUUCAGGUUGUGAAGUGAAGCAUGAAUCUGUCAGAGAUUUUAGCUGUUUGUAAAUAAAAGUGGUCAUAGCAUUUUUAUUUUUAUUUUUUUGUUUAAAGCCUAUGGAUACUGGACAUAAGCUCCAUAUUUGAUGAUAAUUUCACAAAUGCCUUUAUUUAAGUUGUGCCUGAAGCAGACUUUAGUUCCGUGUUUGUUAUUUAUAUUUGAUUUACUGAGGCCGGCACCAUUUUUCUUUUAUUUAUUUUUUUGAAUUGUUUUUGGUUUCAUCUUAACUCGUGAAUCAUUUAAUGUUCACUAAUCAAAUUUCUUGUAAAGGAAAUGGUGCGAAUUGUGCUGUAUAACUUUUGAUAUCAAUAUUUGUACAUGAGAAUAUAGCUAGAACACACAGAGACACUGGUCUAUUACUGAUAACAGAGCUUAAAUGUGAAAAAGAGUUUUGCUUCAUUUUUGUUUCAUGACAUACGAAUAUGGUCAAACAAUAGCUCAAUAUAUUGGUAAGUCACUCUCAGAUUGUAUAAAUGCUGGCGAAUGGAACCACAGACUUCUUUUAAUGUCAUCCGAUAAUCUUUGAUUGAUCUGCGUAAAACAAACAAAUGUGUGGAUCCAGUUUGCAUUUUAGUGUCCAAUGAUCAGAUUUACAUCUUUUUUUUGUUCAUUAUGGUCAUUGAACAGGUUGCACAAUGUUUCCAUUUAUAUUGAAUGGGAAGAUAAUUGUUUGGUGCUUAAUUUCUAAUACCACCUUUAGCCUUGUAGUUUUUUGUCUUGGUAGAGACGAUUGAUUUUUACCAAAAUGUGAACACAAAGCAUUUUGAAACCUCCUCUGAGUCAAAACACUACUAAGAUUUUCACACACACACACACACACACUCAUGACAUAUUUAGAGUACCCCAUGCAGUGAAACCCUCUAAAAAUGAAGUAUAUGUAUAAAAAAAAUAAAUACUAUUUUAUCACGGGUCA